GCUCUGCCUUUUGAUAUGGAAUUUUUUUGCCUGCAGGGAUUUGUUGACAGAGAAACUACUCUUAUUGGAACGUUGACAGUGCGUGAAUUCCUCUACUACUCAGCAUUGCUUCAGCUUCCUGGUUUUCUUUGUCAGAAAAGGAGUGUGGUGGAGGAUGCUAUUGAUUCUAUGUCACUGGGAGAUUAUGCUAAUAAACUUAUAGGUGGACACUGCUACAUGAAAGGUCUUCGAAGUGGCGAGAGAAGGCGUGUCAGUAUUGCCAGGGAACUUGUUAUGAGACCACACAUUUUAUUUAUAGAUGAACCCCUUUAUCGGCUUGACAGUGUUUCUGCACUUCUGAUGAUGGUUACACUGAAGAAGCUCGCAAGUACCGGCUGCACUCUGAUAUUCACCAUUUACCAAAGCAGUACUGAAGUUUUUGGCCUUUUUGAUCGCAUUUGCCUCCUCUCAAAUGGAAAUACAUUGUUUUUUGGGGAAACUUUGGCUUGCUUGCAGCACUUUUCAAAUGCUGGUUUUCCUUGCCCAAUCAUGCAAAGUCCUUCAGAUCAUUUCUUGCGUGCCAUAAACACAGAGUUUGACAGGAUCAUCGCGAUGUGCAAAAGUUGGCAGGAUGACCACGGAGACUUGUCAGCAGUGAACAUGGAUACUGCUGUUGCUAUACGUACCCUUGAAGCAACCUAUAAAUCGUCGGCAGAUGCUGUUUCUCUCGAGACUAUGAUAGUGAAGCUCACUGAGAAGGAAGGUCCAUCUCUCAAAAGCAAGGGAAUGGUAGGCAACUUAACACGAGUUGCAGUGUUGACUUGGAGAUCCUUAUUGAUUAUGUCAAGGGAGUGGAAAUACUAUUGGCUUAGGUUGAUUCUAUAUAUGCUUCUCGCACUUUGCAUCGGUACUGUAUUUUCUGGAUUGGGGCAUACCUUAUCAUCUGUUGUGACACGAGUCGCAGCAAUUUUUGUAUUUGUUUCAUUCACCUCUCUAUUGAGCAUUGCCGGUGUACCUGCACAGAUGAAAGAAAUUAAGAUAUACGCCUGUGAAGAAUCAAACCAGCAUUCUGGUGCAUUUAUUUUCCUACUUGGGCAGCUUUUUGCCAGCAUACCUUUCUUGUUUCUCAUCUCCAUUUCAUCAAGUCUCGUCUUCUAUUUUCUUGUUGGCCUGCGGGAUGAGUUCAGCAUGCUGAUGUAUUUCGUGCUGAAUUUCUUCACAUGCCUAUUGGUAAAUGAAGGGUUGGUACUCGCUGUUACUUCCAUUUGGCAAGACAUCUUCUGGAGCAUCUUGAUUUUUGUCUCCAUACAAGUGAUAAUGAUGCUUUCUGCUGGCUUUUUAAGAAUCCGAAGUUCUUUGCCAGGACCAGUAUGGAUGUACCCCAUUUCUUAUAUAGCUUUUCAUACUUACUCUAUCCAGGGGCUCUUGGAGAACGAGUACAUCGAGACCUCUUUUGCAGUUGGUCAGGUGAGGACCAUAUCUGGUAAUCAGGCUUUGCAAAAUGUAUAUGACAUAUCUGCUGAUAGCAACUCUAAGUGGAAAAAUUUGUUAGUAUUGUUUCUUAUGGCUGUUGCCUACAGAGUUAUUGUUUUUGUUUUGCUCAAGUUUUAUGUCAGGAAAAACCUCUUUGUACCCAAACUAUUUCUCUGUAACCAAAAUACAAGGAAUUCAAGAUAAAUACUAUACUCCUAGCAACUUUUGGUUCA